CUCAUCGCCCUUCUUCUGGUCCUCAAUGCGCCAGGUGAGUGAAGCUAACGAGAGAAGCCGCGGGGCACACGAAGCGAGCAAUGGUGGGCAUCGGCUGCCAGUUCCUCCUAUCCCCGGUGCCGGCGCCGGUGCUGUCCCUGAACUCUCGCCACCGUCCCGCUGUCGCCAGGAAUGGCCUCCGCCGGCCGGGUGAAGCGCGACACCGAAUCAGUUGUUGCUUGAAACCGGAUGAUUUGGAGGAAUGCGCAACAAGCAAGUCGGCCACAAGUGGCAAGGAAGAAGAAAUUAUUCCUACUAGACGAAAAUGUCUUGCUUGCCUAUGUGCUGUAACACUAAUCAGUGCGUCAGGCGCAACAAUUCGUACACCACUUGGACUUGCCGCAAAUAUACAAAAGGCCGUGUGCCGGAAUUGUGGUGGCGGAGGUGCUAUCAUAUGUGAUAUGUGCGGCGGCACAGGGAAAUGGAAGGCCCUCAACCGAAAGAGAGCAAAAGAUGUUUAUGAAUUUACAGAAUGCCCGAAUUGCUACGGCCGGGGGAAGCUUGUGUGCCCAAUUUGUCUAGGGACUGGAGUGCCGAACAACAAGGGACUCCUCCGUCGACCAGAUGCCAAGCAGUUGCUCGACAAAAUGUACAACGGCAAGAUAUUGCCAGAUUCGUAAACGUGAAUAGUAUAUGCAUUAAUCCGGAGAAUAAACUCUUAAGUUCAAAAAGGCAAUGCUUCACGGGAAACUGAUUUUCAGAUCUUCACGGAUAACACAGGUUGUAGUAAAGAUUAUUUUCAUAAGUCAAUACUGACAACUGAAGCUUCGUUUGAGAAGCCAUGAUUAAGGUUGUUUGUAUCCAUAUUUUGCUUGCAGCACGUUCUUGCAUUGUUAAUAAGGAGUUUUUUUAUCUUUCA